GGCGCAGAGCCGAGAUCCAGAACCGCGCUGAACUGGUUCGAGGAGCGAGGUGUGAGGCAGGAGACGUGCGCAGUCGCGUGCCAACGGAGAUCAGUGGGAGGGAAGCGAUCUUUGCGAUCAGCUGGAGCACCUCGCAAAAAUGUUCUUUCUGCAACGUUCUGUUUUACCCUCCUAUGGCAGGGGUGGGGUUGGCGCCUGGGCGCGCGCACUUCCACCUUCGCACCCUGCCGUCAAGGACAUUCAGCAGAGGGAGAUUCACGAGGUCUCUGGAGACGUAGUCCCAAUCAACAUGGUGAAGGGUAUAGGUCAUCUCCGAGAUCCCAGAUUGAACAAGGGGUUGGCCUUCACGUUGAAGGAAAGAAUCGCCCUUGGUAUCCACGGGCUCCAGCCUCCAAGGUUUAAGACCCAAGAGGAACAGCUUGCCCUGUGCAAGGCAUCGGUGAUGAAGUACACCGAGGAUUUGAACCGGUAUCUUUACUUGGUCGAGCUCCAGGAGAGAAACGAAAGGCUCUUCUUCCGUCUUCUCAGCGAAAACAUCGAGCAGAUGAUGCCCAUAGUCUACACACCAACCGUCGGACUUGCCUGUCAGAAAUUCGGUGUAAUUUACCGAAGACCCCGAGGUCUCUUCAUCACCUGUCACGACAAGGGUCACAUAUACGAGAUCCUCAACAACUGGCCGGAGCAAGCCGUUCGGGCGAUAUGUGUUACUGACGGUGAGCGGAUUCUGGGAUUGGGUGACCUGGGUGCUUGCGGGAUGGGAAUUCCCGUCGGAAAAUUGGCUCUUUACACAGCGUUGGCCGGCAUAAAGCCUCACCAAUGCUUGCCGAUCACAAUCGACGUCGGGACAAACAACGAACAGCUUAGAAAUGAUCCCCACUACAUCGGUCUCAGCAAGCCCAGAUCACAGGGCGCCGAAUACGACGAACUGAUCGAUGAAUUCAUGGCUGCAUGCGUCAAGAAAUACGGACAAAAUGUCCUCAUCCAGUUCGAAGACUUUGGAAACCAUAAUGCCUUCCGUUUUCUGGAUAAGUACAGAAACAAGUACUGUACCUUCAACGAUGACAUUCAGGGAACCGCCGCAGUCGCGGUUGCUGGUAUUCUAGCAUCGAAAAGAAUCACCAAACGGAAAAUUCGUGAUAAUAAAUUCGUUUUCUUGGGUGCUGGUGAGGCAGCCAUCGGAAUUGCAGAUCUCUGCGUUAAGGCGAUGGAAGCCGACGGAUGCUCGGAAGAAGAAGCGAGAGCGAACAUCUGGAUGAUGGACAUUGACGGUCUCCUGGUGAAGAAUCGGCCCGUGGGUAACCUGGACGGUCACAAAGCCUGGUACGCCAAGGAUCACGCGGUCAUGAAGUCCUUGCUGGAGGUUGUCAAGGAGAUCAAGCCCACGGUGCUUGUCGGCGCCUCGGCAGCUGCCGGAGCUUUCACACCGGAAGUGCUUCAAGAAAUGGCCAAGAACAACGAAAGACCCCUUAUAUUUGCGCUCAGUAAUCCGACGAGCAAAGCCGAAUGCACCGCUCAACAAGCUUACGAAAAUACGGAGGGUCGUUGCGUAUUCUCGUCAGGAUCGCCGUUCGGGGAAGUGCAUUACAAAGGAAAAAUCUACAAGCCCGGACAAGGCAACAACGCUUACAUAUUCCCAGGUGUAGCUUUGGGCGUAAUAGCUACGGGUUGUCACCACAUAACCGAGGAGCUGUUCCUGAUUUCUGCCCAGGUGGUAGCGGACCACGUUAAGGACGAGGAUUUGGAACUGGGAAGUUUGUAUCCGCCGUUGAGCUGCAUCAAGGAGUGUUCCAUCAUAAUUGCGAUAAAAAUCGCCGAAUACGCUUACAGAAAGGGUGGCCUAGCCAGCGAAUAUCCGGAGCCGAAAGACAUGCGAAAUUUUAUCGUUAGCAAAAUGUACGAUGCCUCAUACGACAGUCCUCUAGCAAAUAUGUACGACUGGCCCGGGGAUUCGGCCAAACCUCGAGUACUUCCGGAAAAACAAGAUGUAGAAAUCCAUCAUGAUUUGAAACAUCUGUAACAAAAUCCGUCUACUGGACUAUAGUUUAAAUGACGAUUAUCAAUAUUAGCCUACUGUUCGUUAUGCAAAGGUUGGGUUCUCAUCGUAUUCGAUUACCCGAUUAUUGGCGUGCGAAUAAGCGUUCCUGCAUGAAUCAUGAAUGGGAUUCUAUAAACGGACCACGUCUACCUGCACAUUUAA